CACGUGGGCGGUGCGCGCUCAGUGCGGCUGCGCCGGCCGGUAGCUGCAGCUGGAGCGGUGGCGUUUGGAGGAGACUCGGAUAUAUCUUCUCAGAAGUUUCACAGGAGGGAAAGCAGUGACAAACAAAGAAGUUGUCAUUCUUCGCACGAAACUGGAUGGCUUCUACAGGGAGCCAGGCCUCUGAUAUAGACGAGCUUUUUGGAUUCUUCAGUGAUGGCGCACCCCCCACGAAAAAACCCAGGAAGCUACUUCCAAGCUUAAAAACAAAGAAGCCUCGGGAACUUGUGCUGGUGAUUGGAACAGGCAUAAGUGCUGCAGUUGCUCCUCAGGUUCCAGCCUUAAAAUCCUGGAAGGGGUUAAUUCAGGCCUUACUGGAUGCUGCCAUUGAUUUUGAUCUUCUAGAAGAUGAGGAGAGCAAAAAGUUUCAGAAAUGUCUCCAUGAAGACAAGAACCUUGUCCAUGUUGCCCAUGACCUUAUUCAGAAACUCUCUCCUCGUACCAGUAAUGUUCGAUCCACAUUUUUCAAAGACUGUUUAUAUGAAGUAUUUGACGACCUGGAGUCAAAGAUGGAAGAUUCUGGAAAACAGCUACUUCAGUCAGUUCUCCACCUGAUGGAAAAUGGAGCUUUAGUAUUAACUACAAAUUUUGAUAAUCUCCUGGAACUAUAUGCCGCAGACCAGGGAAAACAACUUGAAUCCCUUGACCUUACUGAUGAAAAAAAGGUCCUGGAGUGGGCUCAGGAGAAGCGGAAGCUGAGUGUACUACACAUCCAUGGGGUCUACACCAACCCUAGUGGCAUUGUCCUUCAUCCAGCUGGAUAUCAGAAUGUGCUCAGGAACACUGAAGUUAUGAGAGAGAUUCAGAAACUCUAUGAAAACAAGUCAUUUCUUUUCCUGGGAUGUGGCUGGACUGUGGAUGACACUACUUUCCAGGCCCUCUUCCUGGAAGCUGUCAAGCAUAAAUCUGACUUAGAACAUUUCAUGUUGGUUCGAAGAGGGGAUGUAGAUGAGUUCAAGAAACUUCGAGAAAACAUGCUUGACAAGGGAAUUAAAGUCAUCUCCUAUGGAAAUGACUAUGCUGAUCUUCCAGAAUAUUUCAAGCGACUGACAUGUGAGAUUGCCACGAGGGGUAGAUCAGCAGGAAUGGUGAGAGAAGGCCAGCUAAACGGCUCAUCUGCAGCACACAGUGAAAUAAGAGGGUGUAGUACAUGAGCGAGCUAGAAAAAUCAACACCAAGCUGUAAGGCCCUAGUGUGGACAAUGUCUAACAAGCAAAUUUAGAAGAACUCAACACAGCUCCCAGGAAGCAGCAAUACCCAGAGGUUGAAAUUUGGGGCAGAGUUGAGGGGGCAGGGAAAUGAUCCAGCUUUUCUUCAUGCUGGCUGGUUCUUGAUAUUCUGCUGCCUGUUCCAGUUCAAGAACACCUGAGUGACAGCAGGACCCAAAUGAAGCCCCCCCACUCUACCCACCCAAGGCUGGACAUGCUUGUGUCCACACAGCAGACCAAUGUUGAUACCUCCACUGACUGUGGCUAUAGCCCUGCAUGAAGGACUUGGGGAGCUAGAAGUCAUAGUCAAUGGGGCUUUUGUUGCAGUUUUGUACUCUACUUGGUUUUUCAACUAAGCUUAAUGGCUUUUUUAAAACAUGACUUGAAGCUCUAGUUUUCUAGAUCUUUCACAGUGUACAGUAUUUUACUUACUGAGCUGUAUUAAAAGCUUGUUCAUUUACUUGCCAG